AUGUCACCAGUUCAAUUAGCUGAAAAAGAUUUCGAUAGGGAUGAAAAAUUCACCAAAGCUUUACAUGGUGAUUCAUUCAAAAAGACUGGAUUGGCUGCGUUGAUUGCCAAGUCAAAGGAUGCUGCAUCAGUUGCCAAUGAAGGAUAUUUUAAACACUGGGAUGGUGGUGUCACCAAAGAGGAUGAGACAAAGAGAUUAAGUGAUUACUCUCAAUUAACUCACCACUACUACAACUUGGUUACUGAUUUUUACGAGUAUGGUUGGGGUUCUUCCUUCCACUUUUCUAGAUACUACAAGGGUGAAGCUUUCAGACAAGCCACUGCCAGACACGAACACUACUUGGCUUAUAAGAUGAACAUAAACGAAAACAUGAAAGUCUUGGAUGUUGGAUGUGGUGUUGGUGGUCCUGGUAGAGAAAUCACCAGAUUCACUGAUUGUGAAAUUGUUGGUUUGAACAACAAUGACUACCAAAUCGAAAGAGCUAAUUAUUAUGCUAAAAAGUACAACUUAGAUGACAAGUUAUCUUAUGUUAAAGGCGACUUUAUGCAGAUGGAUUUUGAACCAGAAACUUUUGAUGCUGUUUAUGCUAUUGAAGCUACUGUUCAUGCUCCAGUUUUGGAAGGUGUUUAUUCCGAGAUCUACAAGGUUUUGAAACCAGGUGGAGUUUUCGGUGUUUAUGAAUGGGUCAUGACUGACAAAUACGACGAAACAAACGAGGAACAUCGUAAGAUCGCUUAUGGUAUCGAAGUUGGUGAUGGUAUUCCAAAAAUGUACAGUCGUAAAGUUGCUGAACAAGCUUUAAAGAAUGUUGGGUUCGAAGUUGAAUAUGAAAAGGACUUGGCUGACGUUGAUGACGAUAUUCCAUGGUACUAUCCAUUAGCAGGUGAUUUGAAAUACUGCCAAUCAUUAGGUGAUUUGUACACUGUUUUCAGAACUUCAAAACUUGGUAGAUUGAUCACCACUGAAGCUGUUGGGUUGAUGGAAAAAGUUGGUAUUGCACCAAAAGGUUCAAAGCAAGUCACACAUGCAUUAGAAGAUGCUGCAGUCAACUUAGUGGAAGGUGGUCGUCAAAAAUUGUUCACCCCAAUGAUGUUGUACAUUGCUAGAAAACCAGAAAAUGCCAAGGAGUAG